AUGAUGAAGAAGAGAAACACAGUUAAUCAUCUUCCGGAGGAUAUGGUAGUGGAGAUACUCUCUAGGGUUCCUGCUAUAUCUCUGACACGAUUACGAUCUACAUCCAAAGGAUGGAACACUCUUGUUAAGGAUGAUGAGAGACUUGCUAAGAAGCACUCUGCUUAUGCUCCAAAGCCGUCUCUGGUUAUCAUGUUGAUUGAUUAUAAGCUUUCUAUAAUGAACGUCAGUCUCCAUGGAAUUGAAGAGGUUGAUUUAUCUGUAAAGAUAACAUGUCAGUUCAGCCUAAAAGAUCCCAACUCUUCAGAAGAAGUUGAUAUACGUGACGUCUUUCACUACGACGGCUUAUUGCUAUGCAGCACCAAAGACAAUAGACUGGUCGUUUGGAAUCCAUGUUUAGGUGAAACAAGGUGGAUCCAACCCCUAGAUUCCUACACAGAAUCAGGCUUCUAUGCUCUAGGCUACGAUCACAGAUCCUCAUGUUACAAAUUCUUGAGGAUGCAGCGACAUGAAGACCAUAUCCUAGUACGAACUGAGUACCAAGUCUAUGACUUUACCUAUAAAUCGUGGCGGUUUGUUGGUGAGACUGAAGGCUGGUUCAUACCAAGUGUUGGGAGUCGGAGACGUGGCUUGUCUGUGAAAGGAAAUACUUACUGGCUUGCUACUAAUGAAUCCGGACCACCGUUUGAUAAGUUCUUAUUAUGUUUUGAUUUUUCAGCUGACAGAUUUCGAAGACUGUCUCUUCCCACGGGUACACCUCGUUCUUAUUAUGAUAUGUCUUUAUCAGUGACUAGAGAAGAGCAACAACUUUGUAUGUUUUCAACUUAUGGCUCUGAGGUAUGGAUAGCAACUAAGAUGGAUCAGAGUACCGGAGCCGUGUCAUGGAGCAAGUCCUAUCGUUUUUACUUACGAAUUGAUGUGAUGACAGUCUUGGAUGACCAUGAGAAGAACGUUUUCGUGUAUCGCUACGAAGCCAGGUCCAAAAGCGUGUUACACAUUGUAGGAGAGGAUAUACUCAUCAUACAAGUGGUUCACCAUGGUGCAGAUUCUAAAUGCCCAUUUUUCCUCACUUAUGUUCCAACUUUGGUUCAAAUACAAUAA